AUGAACAUAAAACCCGACACAAACCGACACGUACUGACGAUACAGGCGAAGAAGAAACGUCAUAAGACGGCGAAGAAAAAGGCGAAACAGCAGGCAGUGGCAGCAGUGGCGGCAGCGGCGGCGCAAGCAGCGGCGCAGAACAGCAAUAGUUACGGGAGCGGUCAGAAUCACCAGUCGGCCGCAACGGCGGCGACCAUUGGCGGUGGUGCCUUCGUGGGCGGCGGGUCAGAACUCCACCAGGACGACGAACAUGACGGUAUGAUCCUGGGGACGGCGUUGGCGACGGCGUCGGUGGUCGGUGGUGCGAUGAACGACGGUCAGCACUCGGUGACGGCUGCGGCAGAAUCAGUGACCACUCGUAGGGGUUCGAAAUCCGCAGUGCACUCGUCGGUGGCCGCGCUGGACGCGACCACAAGCUCGUCGAACGAGACGAUCGAGCAGGACCGGGACGCGGACCGUGAUGCGGACGGGUACACGAGUGAAGAGGAAGAGCAAGAGUGCCGGGACGAGUACUGCCGGGGUGGCUAUCAUCCGGUGAAGCUGGGCGACCUGUUCCUGCAGCGCUACCACGUGAUCCGGAAGCUGGGCUGGGGCCACUUUUCCACCGUGUGGCUCAGUUGGGACCUGGAGGAAAAGCGGUACGUAGCGUUGAAGAUAGUGAAAUCGGCGCAGCACUUCAGCGACACGGCGAAGGACGAGAUACACAUCCUGAAAUCGAUUCUGAACGCGGACCCGACCGAUCCGAAGCGUAACAAGGUGGUACAGUUGCUGAACGACUUCCGGAUAACGGGCGUGAAUGGGACACACAUCUGUAUGGUGUUCGAGGUGCUUGGGCACAACCUGCUGAAGCUGAUCAUGAAGUCAAAUUACCGUGGCAUCCCGCUGGCGAACGUGAAAUCCAUUAUCCGCCAGGUGCUGGAAGGGCUGGAUUAUUUGCACACGAAGUGCAAGAUCAUUCACACGGAUAUCAAACCGGAGAACGUGCUGGUGUGCGUGAACGAGAGCUACGUUCGCAAGCUGGCCUGCGAGGCGACGGAGAUGCACGCGAUGGGUUGCAAGCUUCCGAUUUCACUCAUCUCGUCCGCUCCGCCUCAGUUCCAGGAGCAACCGAUGAGCCAGAACAUGAGCAAGGCCAAAAAGAAGAAAAUGAAGCGCAAGGCGAAGAUCCAGUCCGAGCUGAUCCGCCAGCAGAUGGAGCACAUUCAGCAGCUCGAGUUCGGUCCAACGACGGUCGGAUCUCCAUCGACGACGACGGCGGGAGUGCUGGAAAAUGGAACCGAUGGAGUCUCGGAAAGCGUAAACGCGGCCAAAGUGGGCGAAAAAGUGGACGACAUGAACACUGGAGCAGGAGUGCAGCAGCAGGGUGGACGGUCAGCGACGGUCAACAGUGCUUCCGCCGUUACGAGCACCGCCAAUGCCACCACUACCUCGAACGUGGUCAACUCCACGGGUUCUCCGGUGGUGAAAGAAAAGACGGAGACAACCCGGCUGUUGGUUAACGGCACGGCCAGUGGACCCAGCGGAGGUAGAGACAGUGGAGACGCUGAGACGCCAUCGUCCGGUGAAGAAGAUCGGCCAACCCUGACGCCCAGUGCAUCGACGUUUUCCAGUCCAUCGGUCAGCGAGGCGACUUCCUCGAACAACAAUGACGAUGCUGCCAGUGACCGGAAAGCGACUUCGAGCAGCGGCAUCGAGAAGGGUGACGAUGACGACGGUUCGAAAACGCCCGAAAAGCCGUCCUCCUCGGUUAACUCCGUCACGUCAGCCUCGAAGCUGGACAUUAGCGAAUCGGUGCGCAAGAUUCUCUCGUCGGUGCAGGAAAGCAAAGAUGCGGCCUUCGAGGUGUGUGACAUAGACGUGAAGAUAGCGGAUCUCGGUAAUGCAUGCUGGGUGGACAAGCACUUCACCGAGGACAUCCAGACGCGCCAGUACCGGUCGCUGGAGGUCAUCAUCGGAGCGGGAUACGAUACGUCGGCGGACAUUUGGAGUACCGCUUGCAUGGCGUUUGAGCUGGCCACCGGGGACUAUCUGUUCGAGCCGUUUUCCGGCAACGAUUACUGCCGAGAUGACGAUCACAUCGCACACAUCAUCGAGCUGCUCGGGCCGAUCCCGAAAUGGAUUGCACUAUCGGGCAAAAAUUCGAGCCACGCGUUCAACUCGAAGGGUUUGUUGAAAAACAUUUCCGGACUCAAGCCGUGGGGUCUGGUGGACGUGUUGAUCGAGAAGUACGAGUGGCCAGUUGAAGAUGCGUUCGAGUUUAGCGAUUUCCUUAAGCCAAUGCUGGAUUAUGAUCCGCGAGCACGUGCCACGGCCGCCGAUUGUCUCCGGCAUUCAUGGCUCAACCAUUGAGCCAUGGAGCGAUUGGGAUGAUCCGCAAAAGGCAGUUGUGCCGAGGGUUGUGGCUGGUGCGAACCUACUUAAGGACCCUCAACCAGUGAACCAGUAGGGGAGGAUUGUGGAGAGUGUACAAUUUCGUAGGAAGUGAUAGUCCGCCCUGAUUUCCAUGCUGUCUAUCCGGUGACUGUGGGAGACCCCUUGAAGGCAUAGUGAAAAGUGCAGUCUGAAAACAGACUAGCAAGGCUCGUUAAAUAUGAUUAAAAUGGAAAAGAAGUGUCGGCAAGUGUGUGUGCGUUUGUGUGCUCGUUUGUGUGUGUGUGUGCGCGCGUGUGUAUAUUGAGCAAAUAAUAAUGGUGAUAAAAGAAAGAAAUAUACAUGAAAUUACGCGUGGAAGCAAGACAACGGAGUAAUUAAAUCGGUAUGUGCAAGUGCGUUUAGUUGGAGCAAAAAUGUUGGGCAGUAGGUGGCCGCAAAAUGCAGGUUUAUUGUGAGUAGCUGAAGGUUGCUUACUACAUUGUGCAUUGUGGUGUGAAUGCUAUGAAAAGCUGAAAAGAAAAAGAAAAUCACUAGGCUCUCCGCAGACCGGAUUGUUGCAUUUUGCAGCGAAACGUUUUCUUCGCCGAUGUUGGUUGCACCAAACUGGCGAAGAACCGGAUUGCAUUAUUUUGUUGUUGCGAUUGGAUGGUGCUGUGGAAUGGUCGUCGAGUGGUGUUGUUUUUUUUCUGCGUCGGAUAGCAGUGUUCCAGAAUUCGAUGGCAUAGGCGCAUUCCGGUGCGGUGCAGAGUGAGAAACGACAUCAGGACAUUGCAGUGCAGCGGAGUAGCCGAAAAAGAAUAUGUAAAAUAUUAAACGGGAUGCAUAAUCUCAGUGAAGUUUGUGUGUAGGAAUUAUGUCCCAGUAUCCCCGCAUCAAACGAACAGCUUUACAAGUUAGAACAAUAGAAGGAAAAUAAGGAUAACAUAUAACAUCAAUGUGCCGUGUGUGCCCUCGUUAGCGAACUAGACGCGGAAUUGGCAAAGAUGAAUUUAGCAGUUGAGUGGAAAAAUAAGAAAACGGAAAAUAGGCGCAAAAGAGAUUGAGCAUAUUGUAUAACUGCAUCAUCACAAUCAGCAAUAGACGGUUUUGACUGACGGAAAGGAAUGAUAGGGAAAGAAAGAGGCAGUAAGAGCAAACAUCGUCAAAGAGUCGUGAAUUGUUACGUGAAGCAAAACGAAGGGAAAACCCUUUGAAGAAUAAUUAACUCCCACUAUUAUAAACAAACAGAACCAGAUAGCACCCUUUUUUAAGAAAUUAUAGAAAAUAACUAAUACUAAAAGAAGAGAAAAAAUGGAGGCAGUAGUAUCUUAGGUUUUUAUUAUUAUUAUAAAUAUUAUUAUUAUUAUUAUUGUAAUUACUCUUAUUAUUAUUACUAUCAUCAUUACAUGUAGCUGUUAGCGCCUCCCAAAAUGCACCAGCACAUAGGUUUGAAGAACGAAGGUAACAAUAUAUCAAAAGAAAGGAACAAAACUUGCUAUCAAAUAGGUUCUGGGCCAGCUCGAGCCUGUGAAAAACCCCGAGAGCA